AUGUCCACGACGAUGGACGACACCGACGACACUGCUACUAAAUCCACGACUCAGAGCACACAACAACAACAACGAGCGUCAACCACAAGCGCUAUAACAAUAAGUACAACACCAACAACAACAAACACUUAUCAACAGCAUGCCAACAAUAUGAACACUUCCGCAGCCACUGUUGCUGUCAUAGCAGCAACGGCAACUGCAGCCGCAAAUGCAAAUGCAACUACAAAAACAACANCAAACACUUAUCAACAGCAUGCCAACAAUAGGUUCGUUCCCGCAAAUGCAAAUGCAACUACAAAAACAACAGCACAACAACACACUAAGCACAUUCAUCAUCAACAACAACAACAACAACAACACUACACGCCAACCGCUGUUGUUGAUGAAAAUGUUGCCGCUUAUGCAGCUGCAGCGUUGGCGACGCAAACAGCUGUGCAACAACAACAACAACAACACCAAUUGUCAUUGCUACAGCGUCAGCAGCAGCAACAACAACAGCAGCAUGCUCAUGCUGCCAGCAGCAGCAGCAGCAGCAACAAUCCUUCGGGCUCGGGCAGCCAUUAUGUUUGUUAUAUGCCUGUCUUAAAGCCCGAUGUUGUGCUCAGCGAUCGCGGCCUAUUUACUGUUUAUUGUUUUGUCAAAGAUUUUGUUAGGUAA